AAACGAACAGUUUGUUGGCAGCACUCAGUGUGUAAUGUACACUCUAAAUCGCGUUGAAAAAUAUUAAGAAGGUGAUAUUAUAAAAGUGAAUAUAUUCAGCAACCCGUUCACUUAGACAUUUAGUAGCUUGAUACUAUUCUCCAAAUCUAACAUAACAUUGAAAAAAUGUCAAAUUCGUUGGCAAAUCAAUUAAUAGUGAUCGCUUUGGUGACUCAAAUCAGGAAAGACUUUGUAACUGCCGACAUACCGAAUUGUGCAUUCCAAGACACCGUUAGUCUAGUUAAUAUACGUCCGGAUUCAGAUGGUUCAUAUAAUUUUCAGAGUUUACGCAUACCCCACAACUUGACUGCCGUGUACCGUUACGAAGAGCUCUCCGAUGGCACGCGUGUCUCUGCUCCACCACAUAUCAGGGGCUGUGCGUGUAAGUUGAAACAGUGCAUACAACUCUGUUGCUUAAACAAUGAGAUGCUGGACAGCACGUCAAAAAAGUGUGUCAAUAUGAAUGCCGCUGCAUACCCCCGAAUCAACACUUAUAUGGAUAAUUUCACAGAAAAUAGUAUGAUCGACGUGUUUCAGGAUUUCGUGCCGCAACAGCGUAUGCCUUGUGAGGAAUUCAAAAUUCUAAAUUCCGAACUGGAUAGUGAUUUCAAUAUUCUAUUCGAGAACGGAACUAUAUAUCAUGCUAUGAAAGAAGAAUAUAUACCACACCGUGAUUUUUGUCUAACGCCCUUCUGGUACAACAAUUCAUUGAGCUUGAAUCCCAUCGAAUGUUUUCAGAAAAUCCAACCGACGACUUAUAUGAAUAUGGCACUUUUUACCGCAUCGGUUCCAUUCCUAUUGGCCACAAUUUGGGUGUAUUUAUAUGUGCCACAACUACGCUGUCUCCAUAAUAGCUGUCUCGUCUGCUUCCUGGGCACUUUCGCGCUCGGCAGUUUAAUAUUGUCGUCGGUACUAUGGGUCAAUUACAGUUGGGGGGCUUGUCAAACUAUGGGUAUCUUGUGUUAUUUCUUCAUGAUAUCCGCUUUCUUCUGGUUGAAUGUAACUUGUUUCGAUUUGUGGAUGAGUAUACGUGGCAUCCGAUAUGAGCUCCAACCGAGCAGUCCACGUUUGCGUUUCGUUUAUUAUUCGAUUUAUGUGUGGUCAGCAGCAACGAUUUUUACCGUUAUCGCUAUUACUAUUGAGCAUACGAACAUUAGCGAUGCGUGGAAACCAGGAUUUGGCAAUGGCCAAUGCUUUAUAAAGUCGAGAGACUGGUCAGCAUUGCUUUAUUUCCAAGGUCCAAGCGGUUUGCUAAACUUAUUCAAUGUAUUCUUUUUCAUCAUGAGUGUCAUAAAUGUGUAUCAAAUCCAGGAAGACUCAUAUGAACUCAAGAAAGAAGCCAGUCACCAGUACAAGGUUUCAACAUUUUUGCGUUUGUUCUUGGUAAUGGGCGUUUCAUGGAUUUUGGAAAUUUUUACAUACCUGUUCGCAAAAAAUAAUUCAUUUAUCAUCGUAAUAUUCAAUAUGAUGAAUGCCUCACAAGGCAUAAUAUUGUUUAUUGUUCUUGUGCUGAAGAGGAGGGUACUGAUUUUGCUGAAGAAUCGGUGGACCAAAAGCACUUGAGGAGAUUCAUAGGACGCAAAACAUUACUGCUGCUUUUUUACUGAUUUCUAAAACGAAAUAUAAACAUAACGGCAUCUUUUCGUCGGUUGAUUACUACUCAAGUUCAUAUUGAUUAAGAAUACAUCAAUUCAGUGACGAAAUGUGGCUAAGUUUAGCAAAUAAAAAAACGAAAAUAAUAUAUAACUUCCGAUGGAUCAUUAUUAAACUCAUAAAACUAAUAUUUUCGACUAUAUAGGAAAUAUAUAUUAAAUAUUACAUUUACUCUACGUAUGUAUAAGCGGUACAAGCUGAUAAACUGAUGUUCAAAAAAUACAAAUGUGUGCGAAAAAAGUAAAAAUUAAAUUACUUAUAGCGAGGCCUUUGACUUUUUAAUUAAACAAUUCAAUUUUAUUAUUUUCA